CAGUUGCCAUUUUUGGGCUUGCAAUUGCCAGCGAACUUUCACCAUCAGAGCAUCUGUAAUUUAGUGUUACUCUUAGAAUUACUUCUAGUACUAGCAAUUUCCGCACGAGCACCCUUAUUCUGCUCUCUUGAUUGGUUUUCACCAUUUGACUGCCAGGCGAGCCCGCAAUCUCUAACCAUGAAGACCAGCGUGCUGCUGCUCGUUCUCGUGGCUCUCGCCGCGUCGCUUCACCUAGCGUCGGCGCAGUCGUCGUCGACGUACAACUCGACAUGCAACAACUUCUGCACCGCGUCGGGCAACAACAGCAUCUACCUCAACUGCACAAUGCAAUGCGUGAAUUGCAUUUCCAAGGCUCCCUCCGGCUGCAUUCCCUUCUUCAAUCCCGUCUUCACCGGAGGCAUGCUCCAGAACUGCGAGUGUGGAUUUUCCUGCCACGCGUCGCUCGCCUGGUGGCAGUGGAUGCUAGUAGGCUUUGCGAUCUUCUUUGCGUGUGCGAUGGUGGGCGCUUGCAUCAUGUACGGCACCAAGGGAGCUGAGUAGACAUGUCAGCUUGGAGCAAAAUACACAUGGCUAAGACGCCUUCUAACGUAAUCGGUAUAAUUUUUUUUAGUGUUUAUGGAAGUAGUGAUCAAAUCAUCAACUUCUGCAGUGAGACCAUAGCAAACCUCUUUUGCUGAAUUGUGUGCUUUAUAAGUUUUCAUUGGUGGU